UCUUCAUCUACCCCAACCCAACUCUCUCUCUCUCUCUCUCUCUCUAUGUAUAUAUAUUUAGCAAUAAAUACGCAUAUCCAAGUUGCUAUGCGGAGCACAAAAGCCUCCAUUGAAGUCUCUCUCUCUCUUGCCUCCUUAGCCGUCAACACCAAUGGAGUUGGUUGCACCUGUUGUUGCUGGUGGUGGUGUGAAAAUGGAGAGCGAGGGAAUGAGGAAGAACUCAACCCUAAUUUGUGUUCCACUGAUGGCCGACUCGGUCGAUCAGAUGUUGAUUUAUAUGAAUAAGGCGAAAUUGAACGGUGCUGAUCUGGUGGAGGUUCGAUUGGAUAGUUUGAAGAGCUUUAAUCCUCCUUUGGACAUCGAAACCCUAAUCAAACGGUGUCCUUUGCCCACUCUUUUCACUUACAGACCAAAAUGGGAAGGUGGUAUGUAUGAUGGUGAUGAAAGCAGUCGACUGGAGGUGCUUCAAUUGGCCAUGGAAUUGGGAGCUGAUUACAUUGAUGUUGAGCUUCAGGUUAUUCACGAGUUCAACAGUUCCAUGCAUGGAAAGAAGCCUGCAAAAUGUAAACUAAUCGUUUCUUCGCAUAACUAUGAAAAUACUCCAUCUGUUGAGGAUCUUGGCAACCUUGUGGUAAAAAUACAAGCAACUGGAGCUGACAUUGUGAAGAUUGCGACAACCGCCUUGGACAUCACCGAUGCAGCACGUGUUUUUCAAAUAACUGUUCAUUCCCAAGUAAGAGGCGUCCCAAUAAUAGCAAUGGUUAUGGGUGAAAGGGGUUUGAUGGCAAGGAUACUUUGUCCCAAAUUUGGGGGAUAUCUUACUUUUGGUACCCUUGAGUCAGGAAUAGUAUCAGCACCUGGGCAACCAACAAUGGAUGAUUUGGUGAACUUGUACAAUAUCAGACAGAUAGGACCUGAUACAAAAGUAUUUGGCAUUAUCGGGAAGCCUGUUGGCCACAGCAAGUCACCUAUUUUAUACAAUGAAGCAUUCAAAAAGGUUGGCUUUAAUGGAGUUUAUCUGCAUUUGUUAGUGGAUGACGUUGCAAACUUUCUCCAGACUUAUUCAUCUACAGAUUUUGCUGGGUUCAGUUGUACCAUUCCUCACAAGGAGGCUGCACUUAAGUGCUGUGAUGAGGUUGAUCCUGUUGCAAAGUCAAUAGGAGCUGUUAAUUGCAUUGUCAGGAAAAGUGAUGGGAAGUUCUUUGGCUGCAAUACAGACUACGUUGGUGCUAUUACUGCUAUUGAGGAUGCACUAGGAGGUUUGCAGCAUGUAAAUGGCAUGGUUGUGUCGCCCUUGGCUGGUAAACUGUUUGUGGUCAUUGGUGCCGGUGGCGCUGGCAAGGCACUUGCUUAUGGCGCGAAAGCGAAGGGAGCAAAAGUUGUGAUUGCAAAUCGCACUUAUGAACGAGCUAAAGAAAUUGCAGAUACAAUUGGAGGAGAUGCUUUAUCUCUUGCUGAUUUGAGUAAUUUCCAUCCAGAGGAUGGUAUGAUCCUUGCAAACACCACCUCUAUAGGAAUGCAACCAAAAGUUGAUGAGACACCAGUUCCCAAGCAAGCUCUAAAAUCAUACGCCCUAGUUUUCGAUGCUGUUUAUACCCCCAAAAUCACAAGACUUCUGCGGGAAGCUGAAGAAUCCGGUGCCAAAAUCGUUACAGGGGUGGAGAUGUUCAUUGGGCAGGCAUACGAACAAUUCGAGAGGUUCACUGGAUUACCCGCACCAAAGGAGCUGUUUGGGAAAAUCAUGGCAAAAUAUUGAUAAAGAAGGUUUGCUUGGCAAAUUUCCUAGGCAUAGCUGAUUAUGUUUUCCGCUUCAGCUUAAUAUCGAAACUCAUUCAUUUAUGUAAUGGCACUUGGUUUUUUUAUGUGUUCUAUUUUUAUUGAUAUAACAACUCUACUUAAUAAGCCUUUGUCCCAAUUAAUUUGGGAUCUUUCAUUUUUUAUUAAUGGAAUUAGGUUUUUUACCCCCCUGGA